UGAGAGAGAGACGGAGGGAGGGCGAUGGAAUAGAAAGAAAGGGAGAAUUGGAAGAGAAAGGAGAGAGAGAGAGAAGAGGAAGAGAUGUCAAGCGAGAGGGUUCCGGUAGAGCUCUGUAAGGGCAUCAAUGGCCUCGAAAAGGUGGUUCUCCGUGAGGUCCGCGGCAGCUCCGCUGAGGUGUAUUUGUAUGGGGGACAAGUGACAUCUUGGAAGAAUGAUCAUGGGGAGGAGUUGCUCUUUGUCAGUAGCAAGGCUAUAUUCAAGCCUCCAAAGGCAAUUCGUGGAGGAAUUCCAAUAUGUUUUCCUCAAUUUGGGAAUCAUGGCUCUCUUGAGCAGCAUGGAUUUGCAAGAAACAGGGUUUGGAGCAUUGAUAUUGAUCCACCUCCGUUUCCAACAAAUACCUCCAGUAGGGCUUUUAUUGAUUUGAUCCUUAAGCCCUCUGAAGAAGACAUGAAGAUAUGGCCUCACAGGUGGUGCUCUUUUUUUAAUACAUGUUUAAGUGGUAAUAAUGAUGGUCAAACUCAUUGCUUUUGCUUGUCGGAAUUUUAUUUAUCUAUCAUUGUGUCCAUUUGUAGUUAUGAGUUUCGUCUGAGGGUAGCUUUGGGUCCUGGAGGAGAUCUGAUGUUGACAUCUCGCAUCAGAAAUACCAGCACAGAAGGAAAGCCGCUUACAUUUACGUUUGCGUAUCACACCUAUUUUUCUGUUUCGGAUAUCAGUGAAGUUCGAGUGGAAGGAUUGGAGACACUGGAUUAUCUUGACAACUUGCAGAAUAAGGAGCGGUUUACUGAACAGGGGGAUGCAAUUACAUUUGAAUCAGAAGUGGACAAGAUAUAUGUUAGUACCCCUACAAAAAUUGCAAUUCUGGAUCAUGAAAAAAAGAGAACAUUUGUCAUACGCAAAGAUGGACUUCCAGAUGCUGUGGUGUGGAAUCCCUGGGACAAAAAGGCAAAAGCUAUGGCUGAUUUUGGAGAUGAUGAGUACAAGCAUAUGCUCUGUGUGGAGGCUGCUGCUGUUGAAAAGCCCAUUACACUGAAACCUGGUGAGGAGUGGAGAGGAAGGCAGGAACUCUCUGCUGUUCCUUCCAGUUAUUGUAGCGGGCAACUCGAUCCUCAGAAAGUUCUACAGUGCAGCUGAAUGAUAUCUAUCAUUCUAUUUUACAUCCUGUACAGGUGCGUUGUUGCAAAAUAUGGUUGGAACGCACGGCGAAGUCUGGCCAGGAUUUUUUUCUUCCUUUUUUUAUCCUUUUUGUUUUUGUUUUGUUUUUUGUUUUUUUUUUUUUUUGUUUUUUUUGAAUUUCCUUUAUCUUGGGUGCUAAGGAGGAUUGGAUCAUAUUAGAGUCCUUGUGAAAAUAAUGUUGCUUUUAAUGAAUGGUUGUUGGUGGGUAUCAUCAUAUAUCUUGAAGUGGAAGGCACAAGCAGCAUAAAUAGAAUUGUUCAACAAUUACUAAAUUCUUAUGCUUGAUUGGAAACUUAUAUAUUAUCCCACACCCCUCUCUUGUAUCCUCA